UUAUUUGAGAGAGCCUGGCGUACAUUUCAUUCCCUUCUCGCCACUCUAGCUGCGCCCAUGUCAGCCGGGCACAUAAUCAGUGUGCCAUAAAGCAGUAGAUGCUCCUUAUCGCGGUGACCCGACGGGUUCACGUUAGUUCACAGGGUUCAUCUGAGGAGAGGUCUCGGCCCCUCCUGUCCCCCCGAGACCCGGAGCGGAGCGAAACCUAAAUGUUAUUAAUUUCUGUAUCAAUAACGGAUUUCCAUUCGCAGUCACCAGAGCCGACGAAAAGGUUCACAGGGAGUUGUUACUUCACUCCCUUUUACAAUGGGAAGUCCCGAUAGCUGAAAAUUUCACCAAUUUCUGGUUCAUCACGGCUGGCUGAUGACACCUCAACUCCAUACAAUUCCAGUAUUCGUUUCUAACUCUUCACUCAUCUGUACAAUCCUACACUAUGGCGAGCAAGAGGAAAUCCACCGUUCCCUGUAUGAUUCCAUCAAAAAGCAAGCACAUGCGGGAGGACAUCAUACUAGGAUGCUUACCUGAGCUCCUGCCCACAAUACCCGAAGACAGCAUCCUCAGUAUCUCUUCAAAAGGUGAGGAAACACAACGAUUCCAUGAUUUCUCGAAAGCCGAACCGAAGACUUCAUGCUGGGAAAGAGGAACAUACAGCUGCCCUCUGUGCUCCUUUGAGUCCGGAGACUUGAACCUGUUUCUUCACCAUAUGGACAACUGUCACAUGGACUUUCAUGCUCAACCAAACUUCUACUGCCUGUCUUGCAAGGUCUCAGCUGUGAAGUUUGAAGGUCUCGCUUUACAUAAUGCAAAAUCACAUCCUGAACUCCAUUCAGUGCACAAGAGAGUAUCCUUGCAGGUUACCAAACGAGAUGGGGCUAUCACAGUGGAGCAAACCCUGUUUACAGAAGCAGAUUUAAGUGAAUCCGGAAUAUCCAUUACCAAGACACCCAUAAUGAAAAUGACCAAAGGGGGGCACAAAAAAAUUGUUGUCUCCCAUACAGUUGAGGUACAACGGGCUGAGCCUAGCAUCGACAAGCCCGCAACUGUAACCAAUGGCACGCAAGGGAUCAGCUGGUCUCCUGAGGAGAUUGAGGACACACGUAGAAAGAUGUUCAACACUGUAUUCCAAGCCACAUCGAAAACAUCACGGAAUCAGUCGCAUCACCCCUUUUCCCAACACUGUGUUUCUGUCCAGUCCGCCUCUUUGAUUUCUAACUCUACACAACAGAUACCAAAGGGAAGUGUAAUGGUUUGGAAAGGAGGGGUCAUAGUCAGCCAGUCUAGUGUGACCAAGGCCACAUCCCUUAAGCAGCAGCAGCAGCCAGUGGUCCAGACGCCACAGGUAAAUAUCCAUCAUGCUGUCAUUACUAAGGAAACUGGAAAAGAAUUAUCUUGUCGGACAGCUGAGAACUGCAAAAUUGCAGGCAGAGGAGGUAGCGUUAGCAAUCAUGGACACACUGGAAAAGGCUGCAGCUCGUCCAUCAAGACUAGCGUUAGCUGCUUGCCUGGCAUUCCCAAGAGUCAAAACAGCAGUUACAUUGAGGGCAGCAUUAUGACUCUGACGAACAUAGUCAGGAAAAUUGACUGUCAUGUCAAUGACAGGAAUGCAAAUUGCACCAGCAAAUCUAACAUCAGUCCAACUUCCAUUCAUGGGCAACAGAAAGCAUCCAGUAAUGCAAAAGAAAACAGCAACAGCAGCUUUGCCACCACCAGCAAAUAUAACAACGGAAGCACUUAUAAAAGCACCAGCCACAGUACUAUUUGCACUAAAAGCGAGGGAAACAUCUUAGACCACACCAGCAAAAGCAACACUGACACUAGUAUCAUUUGUAGCAGCAGCAGCAACAUACAAACUGAAAAGUGUAUAGCACCCCUUACCCAUAGCCUGUUCCCACAGCCUGGAAGUCUCAUGGAUCCAUCCCUUGGAAAGGGCAAGGUAUUACCUGAGCAACCAGUGACUUUGAAGCAAAGCUUUAUCCAUAACUCAUUCUCAGAACAAAAGCAGUUUCUUGCACCCCAAGGUCAACCAUACCACAUACGUACUUUGACAGACUCCCAGUCUGCUGUGGGGGGAUCGUUUAGUAACUUGCCCCAGAGCUCCCUUCAAUCUAACCCUGCAGCAAGUUCAUGUCUUCAGGAGGAAACGAGUCAACACUCCUCUCCAUCCCUUUCUGCUCCUCAAGAGCAACAUUCUCCAAAAACCCUGCUGGGAGCACCUCAGGUCCAGUCCACACGCUCUACUGCCAUCCACUACAAGGAACAUGACCCCAAGCACUUACUUGCCUUAGACAAAGACUCUAAGCAAUCAAAUUUUGAUAAAGAAAGGUUGCACAGAAACAUAAUGCAAAAAGAAAAUGAAGGAAACAUUUCUGAACACCACAGCGGAAUUACAAAUACAUUUUACAAGGCUGACAGGAACGAGCAUAGCAACCUAAUUAACACACUAGAUACUUUCACAAACAAUAACACUAACAAGGCUAAACAAGACAUGCCACUUUUACAACAAUAUAUACAGAAAGUGGACCAAUGGGAAAGCAACAGUGACUAUCAUGAAGAGUCGAAUGUGAGCCCUAUGAAGAUAAACGUAAUAGCGUUGAACAAAGAAGAGAGUUUGUACAAGACAAACAGCAAGCAGCAAAUCAGUAAGUCAUUGGAGAACUUGGUCAAUGAUGGUGGUCCUAGCCAUAAAAACAAAUCUUCAGAAUGGCUCGAAAGCUACCAGCAUGUACCGGUGGAGGCUGAGGAGCGUAUAUCUGAUAUAGGUAACACUGAACCACAUCAACCAGAUAACCUUGUGGGGCUUGAAACAGAGCAAGUAAAACAUGACCUACACCCGGAGCGGAAAAGUAUUUUUCAGAGUCUAGACUCUGAAACUCCUACACUGCCGAUAAAGAACAAAUCAAAAGAGGCUACAGUGGAUUUAGACAAAUCAACUACAGGAGAACAAGACUACUGGGAGAUAAAAGAUGAGGAGCAUCAGCAACCAAUGGGCAACCAGAGUUUGAGGGGGCAUCAAGCGCAAGACAGUCAAUCAAGGGACUGUCUGAGAGGAGAGCUUCUGAAAGUUUAAGGACUUCACUCUGCAAGACGAAGAGGCAGAGGAUCCCGUACUCAUUCUGAACAUUACGUUUCUUGUUUUCUUUAAAUAUGACAGCUUAUGAGAUUGUAACAUUUGUGAUGGUCAGUGGACUUGAGUUUUCGGAAAACGGCCCAAUCCAGAGAGUAGCCGCUACAAAUGUAGGUCUGAUGUGAUUUAGGUAAAUUCUGUGUAGGAAACUAUGAUGUAUAUGCUUGAAACUGCACUAUCGAGGGUGUACUGGACAUUAGGAAUGUCAGUUAGAUAUUGUGAUACUUUGUAACAUGUCAGAUAAUCAGCACUUCUGCAAUGCCUUGGGUUUUACAUUAUUUGUUGGGAUAUUCCAACCAGUUUUCCCUUCUUCAUGUCCAGAUCAAAUAAGUUCUCCAUGGUUUAUUUUUUCACACAACAUUGAGCAGUUAGCGACAAAUCAUGCACUAUAACUCGCUUUAGUGGUGUCUGUCUGCACACACAACAAAUUGGCCAGACAUUGCCUUAAACAUCACCUUUCUAUUUCUAUGACUGGCUGCACAAACAAGCAACUGUGUUGAUGUGUGUAUAAAUUGGGGAUUUGAAAUCCCAACAGAACUGCUGCUAUAUCUUCGGAGGUGUUUUUUUUUUUAUAAGCAUUAACAAGACUAUUAUAUGUGAAAAGCUUAAAAAAAAAAAAAGAAAUGUUAAUUUAUGGUGGAGAAAGUUUAAAACGGUGUGCUUACAGUCUGAGGGGUAUUAAAGUUCUCUCAGACAGUCAGAUCAAGUGCUCUGCUAACUGGAUAUUCCCUGUGUUUGAGUUGGGCUGCGAUAUAUAAAUAUAUAUAGUAUAUAUAUAUAUAUAUAUAUACACACACACACACAUUAUGCAUAAUUUAUAUGCUGCUAAGUUCAGACCAUCCAAAGUGAAAAACAGGUGCUUUUCAUCUAUUAUUUGCAUUUGUAUCCAAUGUGGUUUCUCUUUAAAAAGUUAA